CUAGCUAGAUCACAGAAGCUUUUCUCAAUGGCAACUCUUCUUCUAUUGCUCUUUUUAUUAGCGCUCUUAUUUUCAUUUCAGAAUAUUUCAUUUGCAAGGGAUACCAUUAGCUCUACUCAAUUCCUCAAAUAUGGUGACACCAUUGUUUCAUCUGGUGGAAUCUUUGAGAUGGGAUUUUUUAGCCCUAUCAAUUCACAGAAUAUCUAUAUUGGCAUAUGGUACAAGCACAUACCCAUCCGCACUGUAGUUUGGGUUGCCAAUAGAGACACUCCCCUCACUAAUACAUCAUCAGUAGCCUUGCAGAUCAUCAGUUCAGCCCAGCUAGCUCUUGUUGAUAGCAACGGUGCCGAUAUCUGGCAUACUAACGCUUCCAGACUAGUCCCAAAUCCGGUUGCUAAAUUACUGGAUUCGGGAAAUCUGGUUGUGACUGAUGCAAAUGAUGAUAACCCAGAGAAUUUCUUGUGGCAAAGUUUUGAUCAUCCUACAGACACUCAUUUGCCAGGCAUGAAACUCGGGAGGGAUUUCAUUGCAGGUCUUGACACAACUAUAUCAGCAUGGAAGUCAGAAAACAAUCCAGGGACAGGAGAUUAUAAGCUUUCCGUUGUUCCAGCAGGAUAUCCACAACUCAUCUUAACAAAAGGUAGAAAGGAAGAGUCUCGAUGGGGACCGUGGAACGGUUUACAUUGGGGUGGAUUAGCUGGAAUGCAAAAAAAGACAGCAACUGCAGAAAUGUUUGUAAUCGUGAACACAAAAGAGGUUUCCUUCAGUUAUACAGUUUCUAAUAGCUCAACUUUGAUCAGAACGGUUCUGUCAAACGAUGGGAGUGUAGAAAUCUAUAGAUGGGCAGAUGGAAGAAGGGAAUGGAACAGUCUCAGGAAAGUACCAACAGAUGUUUGUGACGAAUAUGGACUAUGUGGAGCAUAUGGGAGUUGUAACUAUAAUAAUAACCCUGUUUGUGGGUGCUUGGAUAAAUUUUUAUCUAGAGAUCCAGGGGCAUGGGGCAGGGCAGAUUAUUCUGGAGGGUGUGUUCGGAGGACACCCUUAAAAUGUCAAAAUACAUCCUCGGAUGGAUUCGUGAAAUACUCUGGAAUUAAACUGCCAGAUACUCAGUUUUCUUGGUUCAAUAGCAGUAUGAACCUUCAAGAGUGUGAGAAAGUUUGCUUCAACAAUUGCUCUUGUAUGGCUUAUUCAAGUUUAGAUAUAAGCAAUGGUCAAAACGGCUGCCUGCUUUGGUUCACAGAUUUGGUUGACAUUAAAGUUCUACCUGUGGAUGGGCAAGAUCUGUACAUAAGGAUGGCUUCCUCUGAUUUAGAUUAUCCUUCAAGCUCAAAGGGCAAGAAGUCAAAAAUGAUCAAAUUGACUUCAUCAAUAUUGGCUGGAAUUCUGCUGGGGCUGAGCUUGAGCUCAACUCUGGUCAUAAUAUUGUACAAACGGAAAAGGAAGGAGGUUCAUUUAAACUUACAAUGGGAAGAAGAUCAAACACUAUUUGAAGUAUCUACAAUAACAAGAGCUACUCAUAACUUUUCACUCAACAACAAGAUUGGAGAGGGAGGAUAUGGACCUGUUUACAAGGGCGUUCUAGAUGUUGGAAAGGAAAUAGCUGUGAAACGACUUUCAAAGACAUCUAAGCAAGGGCUUGGAGAAUUUAAAAAUGAAGUCAAUUCUAUUGCCAGACUUCAACAUAGGAAUCUUGUGAAGCUUUUAGGAUGGUGCAUUCAAGCAGAAGAAAAGAUGUUGAUCUAUGAAUAUAUGCCAAAUAAAAGUCUUGACUCAUAUAUAUUUGAUAAUAGAAGAAGAGCAUUACUUGAUUGGCCAAAACGCUUCAACAUUAUCAAUGGCAUUGCAAGAGGACUUUUGUAUUUGCACCAAGAUUCUCGACUAAAAAUUAUUCAUAGAGAUCUCAAAGCUAGCAACAUUUUGUUAGAUUUUGAUAUGAACCCAAAAAUAUCAGACUUUGGAUUGGCAAGGAGCAUUGAAUUAAACGAGAUAGGAGCAAAUACAAAUCGAGUUGCUGGAACAAUUGGUUAUAUGUCUCCCGAGUACGCCGGACACGGACUCUUUUCUAUUAAAUCAGAUGUGUAUAGCUUUGGUGUCAUGGUACUGGAAAUUGUAAGUGGGAAAAGAAAUAGGGGAUUUUCUCAACAUCAGGAUCACUAUGAGAACCUUCUUGGCCACGCAUGGAAGCUAUAUAGAGAUAGUAGAUUGGUUGAACUUAUAGAUGAGCAUCUGGAUGAACCAUGUGAUUUUCCUCAAAUUCUAAGAUCAAUCCAUAUUGGCCUAUUAUGUGUUCAACACUGCCCUGAAGAUAGGCCAACCAUGUUUUCCAUAGUACAAAUGUUGGCUAACAAUGUUGAGUUGCCUAUUGCUAAAGAGCCUGGUUUUUUCACAGAAAGCACAGUACGAAUUGAAGCCGAUCCAUCUUCAAGCAAAGAAAUAUCGUGUUCCAUAGUCACCAUUUCAUUGCCUCGUUAAAAUUUGAAAUUUUCUUAAAAUUGUAUUCUUAAUUAAUAAAAUUUUCUUAAUUGUUGUCUCACAACCUAACUAGCUUGAUAAACAAUUACUCAGGGAGAGUAAGCUCUCUAGAAUAUGAGCCUUCAAGAGUGCUAGCAAGUUGACUUGAUACAAACAAGAGUGCAGGUAAGUUUGCUUUAAAAAUAUAAUUGCUUUUGUAUGGCUUAUUCAAGUCUAGAUAUAAACAAUGGAGAAAAUGGCUGCUUGCUUAAUCUUUCUA